CGGAAGCUCCGUCCUUGGACUGCAGCGCGUGUCUUGUAGGCGUUUGUUACUUUUAGUCUCAGAUGACGUGAAGGAAGCUUGGAGAUGAUGUUAGAAGUCAUGGUUGGUCAGUCAGUUGGUCGCAGCUGGUGAAUACCAAUGGCAACAAAACGAGGCGGGGUCUGCUUCUUUUCUGUCGCGCGAGCUUGGAGGGAAUGUGGGAAUCAAACGCGCCAUUGACCGAGGUCAUCACACACCCUCUGUCGGCAACAUCAGGCACCCAUUCCUUCUGCAUACCGAGGAUCUGUUGAGGACAUACAAUCGCGCCCCAAACCCCAGCACGUGUGUCGACUGACGCACUGGGCGCAUGUCUGAGGGUGUAGCGCAGUUGAAGCAUGAGGGCUCCCAGCGGCAAGUGGUGAUUGCAGGUGCAGUUGCAGGCUUGGUCUCACGCUUCGUGAUCGCACCCCUCGACGUCAUCAAGAUCCGCCUGCAGCUUCAAAUCCACUCGCUGUCCGACCCCUUCAGCGUUCGCCAUGUCCAGGGCCCUGUGUACAAGGGAACGCUGGGCACCCUCAAGCAGAUUCUGCGCGAGGAGGGCCUCACUGGCCUGUGGAAGGGCAACAUACCCGCCGAGCUCAUGUACUUGACCUACGGCAGCGUUCAGUUCUCGGCCUAUACAUAUGUCUCGCAUAUACUCGAGGCGCUUCCUCCACCCUACACCCUGCCCGGUUCUGUGACCAACUUCAUCAGUGGCGCUUCGGCUGGUGCUGCCGCGACGACGCUCACAUAUCCCCUCGAUCUACUCCGCACGCGUUUUGCUGCUCAGGGAACCGAACGCGUGUAUACGUCCAUCGUCGCUUCUCUAAGACACAUAGCGCAGCAUGAAGGCCCCACUGGCUUCUUCCGCGGUCUUGGAGCUGGUGUCAGCCAGAUUGUCCCGUACAUGGGCCUCUUCUUUGCCAGCUACGAGAGUUUGAAGCCAAUUACCGCCGCCUCUCCAAUCCACCUACCGCUCGGAAGCUCAGAUGCCGUAGCAGGUGUCAUAGCAAGUAUCCUUUCCAAGACCGCUGUCUACCCGCUCGAUACGACACGCAAGCGACUGCAAGUCCAAGGCCCCACCCGAGAGCGCUACGUCCAUCGGAACAUACCUACAUAUACCGGUGUAGUUAGCACCUUGGCCCAUAUCUGGAAACACGAAGGAAGGCGGGGUAUGUAUCGCGGCCUGACCGUCAGUCUGCUCAAAGCGGCACCAGCCAGUGCCGUCACCAUGUGGACGUAUGAAAGAGUAAUGGGUGCGAUGUUGGCUUUCGAGGAAAAACACAAGAAUUAAAGUGUAUAUAUAUAAUAUUUUGUAGUAUGACUCGUCUCUGCUUUCCAAGAUACCAGACUCGCAAAUGUUGCAAGUUUCAACUGCUAUGGUUCUUCUUAUAUCGCCUUGCGUCU